CUAUAUAUUCUCUCAGAUUUGCCGCUAGGGCUUUAUAUAUAGAGAAGAUAUAGAUUUAAUUGAGAUAUAUCUUCAGCUAUACUCGCCGUACGCAAAAUCCAUAUACAUCUCCGAUCGCUUGACAAUCUUCAGAUCUAACAGCAAAACAGGUUAGGUAUUAGCGAUGGCAGACAAUGGUCCUGUAAAUGAUGAUACCAAAGAUCAAGCGACUUCGUCUUUGGAGACUGUUGAAAAUGAAGUAUCUGUUGAUGAGCUGUCAAGAGAGGUUCAAGAUACCCUUACUCUUUCGCAAAGGCACAAGUUCUGGGAAACGCAACCAGUUGGGCAGUUCAAGGAUCUCCGUGACACGUCUUUGCCCGAAGGUCCGAUUGAACCUCCCACACCUAUCUCUGAAGUAAAACAAGAACCCUAUAAUCUUCCGAAUCUCUAUGAAUGGGUUACUUGUGAUAUGGACUCCGAGGAGACGUGUGCUGAGGUUUAUAACCUCUUAACAAACAACUAUGUAGAGGAUGAUGAGAAUAUGUUCAGGUUUAAUUACUCAAAAGAGUUUCUGCGAUGGGCCCUUCACCCUCCGGGCUAUUAUAAGACCUGGCACAUUGGUGUUCGCGUGAAAAGUUCAAAAAAGCUCGUGGCUUUCAUAACUGGUAUUCCUGCAAGAAUGCGGGUACGUAAUGAAAUUGUUAGCAUGGCUGAAGUUAAUUUCUUGUGUGUUCAUAAGAAGCUUCGAUCAAAAAGAUUGGCCCCUGUCAUGAUCAAAGAGGUCACCAGGAGAGUUCACAUGGAAAACAUAUGGCAGGCUGCUUAUACAGCAGGGGUGGUUCUUCCGACCCCAAUUACUUCUUGUCAAUAUUGGCAUCGGUCUUUGAACCCUAAAAAGCUCAUUGAUGUCGGGUUUUCAAGGCUGGGCCCAAGAAUGACAAUGAGCAGGACAAUGAAGCUUUAUAAAUUGCCUGAUUCAACUGUUACACCCGGUUUUAGAAAAAUGGAGCUCCGUGAUGUUCCUGCAGUGACCCGACUGCUUAGGGCGUACUUGAUGCAAUUUGUGGUUGCACCCGACUUUGAUGAACUUGACGUGGAGCACUGGAUUCUUCCAAAAGAAGAUGUCGUCGACAGUUACGUGGUCGAAAGCCCUGAGACUCACAAGAUCACUGAUUUCUGCAGUUUCUACACUCUGCCAUCAUCUAUUCUUGGCCACCCGACUCACUCAACUUUAAAGGCUGCAUAUUCUUACUACAAUGUCUCCACCAAGACUCCUUUACUUCAACUAAUGAAUGAUGCUCUUAUUGUGGCAAAACAAAAGGAUUUUGAUGUUUUUAAUGCGUUGGAUGUAAUGCAUAACGAAACUUUCUUGAAGGAGUUGAAAUACGGGCCGGGUGAUGGUAAGCUUCACUAUUAUCUGUAUAAUUAUAGAAUUAAGCAGAUCUUAAGACCAUCUGAACUUGGACUUGUACUCUUGUAAUUCCAGAAUUAGCAAGAACCGUUUAGGAUUUUGUGCACCGAUUUUUACCUGUUUUAGAGCUUGAUCUAUAUGUACUCUGGUUGGUAAUUUGACUUAUGAACUUAUAAACAUCUUUCCUUUUUAGUGA